AACAUUUGUCUUGGUGACAUCUUAUUAUCCUGCUCAAGGCCUUACAUACAUAUGACUAUGAUAUAUGAAUAUGUUAGUAUUGACAUUUUUCAUGAAUAUGUAUUACUUUUUUAUAAAUACUAUCUGCAUGUGUGUUUACUUCGGUGUGUCUGUAUGUCUCCAUUAAUAAAUAAGCGACCGUAUUUUAUUGCUGAAGGAAACUGUAGUAACAUGGGAGAACCACCGGUCUUUGGCAAGAAAACUGGCAACCCUAUUCAGAGUCUGAUGCACCUUGUCACAUCCUCAGUGUUGAAACGCUUUUGAUAUCUGAAGAUGAACUUAAAUGACAACACUGCGGCCAAAAAAAAAGAAAAAAAGACACAAACAAUAGCCAGAGAUGGAUUCGAGUAGGGGCGAAGUGCAUACAAAUCUUUCCAAAAUAAAAGUGAUUGCGACGGUCGCCGCUAUAUUUACAAAUUCGAUAUCCGUGCCACCAUUUCUCGAAUCUUAGAUGCUACCUUGAAAGCUCAAUAAACAUUACACAGAAAACUGACUAUUGAACAACACGAAAUACGUUUAACACCAUAUAUAAGAUUAUUAUUUGAUGUAGCAUUAAAAAGAAAGUAUAUGGAAAUGAGCUAAAUGACGAACUCUAUUCCACAUAGUGAUUCCACCAUGGAACCAGUCACCAUGGAACCAGUUUCAGUAUUUUUGAGUUUUGCAAUAGUAUUCGAUGUGUUCCAAUUUUUGGUGAUUAUCACGUCUCUCUGCGGAGGGCUUGUUCUGCUCCUCGUAUUGCCCAUUAUCAAAAGAAGGAACUUUUGUACACUGUGGUUACUCAUUCUCUUCGGAUUCUUACAUGAAUUUUACAGCGUAAUUCUAUUAAUGGCGUUGAAAUCAAAGAUUCAACCAGCAAUACAUUGUGUAGAUAUUCGUAUUAUGUCGAUGCUCGUAACAAGUUAUAUUUUAUGCACCAUAUUGACAUCAGCACUGAAAAAUUUGACAAAAUCCGGCUUUCUUCGGAUCUUCGUAUGGAUUUAUGUCUUGUGCAUAACUUCAUAUUUAUCUAGCAGAAAAUUUACUGAAAACAGCAACCAAGAUCUCAAAGUUGAUAUACAACCAACAUUUCACCUCCGUCUGACGUCAUGUGGAACUAAUUUGCCCAUUCCAUAUUAUUUGUUUUAUGAAUACCUUUUAAUCUAUAUACCGAUGGUCAUAACUUUCAUUUUAAUCAGAAAGUUUCAACCAAGUACAGAUUUCCGUUUCUGGAAUGUACCGUUUUUGUCUGAUUACUCGCCUAGUGGUAUGUGCAGCAGAUGCUCAAAGGAAAACAAAACAAUACAAAUAACUUUAGUAUAUUUAAGUGCCACUGUUUUUAUCAUUCGGCCAUUAAUGGUUGCUUACCAUCUCGUAUUUGGAGGUUCUUAUUAUGAAAUCGUCACCAGUAUAGUUGUGAUGGGCACAUACUGUUUCUUGUGCAUUGAAACCUUUAUAGGGCUGGGAAGAUGCAAAGCUGGUUAUUUAUUUAGUGAAAAAUUUACAUUAUGACAAUUACGUUGGAAUAAAUGAUUAAUAUACCAUGGGAAUAAUUUUAAUAAAUUCAUGAAGAACACGUACGUUCUUAGUGGCUAAACUUGUGUCUAAUCCUAUUGUCAAUGUUUUUGGAUAAUAAGAUAUGUUUAAACUUUUUAACUACAAUGGAAAUCAUUUUAAUUUCUUCAAGAUUAAUUGUGUGGAUGUGAUGUUUAUUUAAAUGAUUUUAAAUAAAAUAAAUGUAUGUCAAAUGUAUGUGCAAACAUAAUAAAUGACAUAAAACUGAG